AUGUCAACAGUCUCAAGCCCGCCCACGGGCGUCUAUGUCCCGGUGCCUACAUUCUUCCAGGAGGCAGCUGGAGAACUUCAGGCAAAAGUUGACGUGAAGACUCAGACUGAACACGGUAUAUUCCUUGCUAAGAAUGGCAUUCGUGGCUUGGUGUUACUUGGCUCUACGGGAGAGGCCAUCCAUCUGACACGUAAUGAGAGGAAAGAUCUCGUUGCAGGGGUGAAAAAGGGUCUCGAAGAAGCCGGAUAUAAGGACUACCCAAUCAUGGCGGGUGUCCUUACGAACGGUGUUGAUGAGACUUUGGAGUGGUUACACGACUACAAAGCCGCUGGAGCCCAGUGGGGCCUUGUGUUGGUUCCAGGCUAUUUCGGUGUUGCUGCAGACCAGCAGAAUAUCAAGGAGUGGUUCACCCUCAUCGCAGACAACAGUCCGAUACCAAUCCUGAUCUACAAUUAUCCUGGUGUUACGAAUCAGGUCUUGGUCGCGCCAGAGACUUAUACUGCGUUGGCUCAGCACCCAAACAUUGUCGGUUGCAAGAUGUCACAUGGAAAUGUCUCGCAUCAUGUCCAGGUCGCUUUAGACCCUGAAAUCGACCAUGCCAAGUUCAGGGUAUACAGUGGUUUCGGUCAACAACUUGGACCUAUCGUUCACUUCGGCGCGGCUGGAGUCAUCGACGGCAUGGCGGCCUGGUAUCCCAAGAUCGUGGUGAGAUUGAUGGACCUGGCCGAGAAACGACCCGUGGACCAGGCUGCACUCGACGAAGCACAGAAGUUGCAGUUUGUUGUGAGUAGGGCACAGGAGUUCAUCGGCAAAUUCGGUGUCAAAGGCAUCAAGGAAGCUGUUUAUCGCGUGACAGGCUUUGGUAAUCCAGACGCAGCACGUUUGCCAUUGAAAGGGCGCAUUCCAGAAGGAGAAUGGGAGAAGUGGCACCCGGUUUUGCUCGCACCAGUUGAGAAAGCCGAGGCAACGCUGUAA